CGCAGGCGCGCCCGUCGCGAGUGGCGCCUGGAGCAGCUUCGCAGGAGACGGACGGUCCCGCCGGGGAGGCCGGGCCGCGGGGUCGCCGAGAGCCGCAGGUGCUGACAGGUGGCAUCCAGGCCUCUGCUCCCCCACAGCCCCCCAGGCUCCACCAUGGCCCAGCAGAGAGCCCUGCCACAGAGCAAGGAGACGCUGCUGCAGUCUUACAACAAGCGGCUCAAGGAUGACAUCAAGUCCAUCAUGGAUAAUUUCACCGAGAUCAUCAAGACGGCCAAGAUUGAGGAUGAGACCCAGGUGUCCCGGGCCACUCAGGGUGAGCAGGACAACUACGAGAUGCACGUGCGAGCCGCCAACAUCGUCCGAGCCGGUGAGUCCCUGAUGAAGCUCGUCUCCGACCUCAAGCAGUUCCUGAUCCUCAAUGACUUCCCGUCCGUGAACGACGCCAUUGACCAGCGCACCCAGCAGCUGCGGGCCCUGCGGGAGGAGUGCGACCGGAAGCUGGUGGCGCUGCGGGACGAGGUCGCCAUUGACCUCUACGAGCUGGAGGAGGACUACUACUCGUCCAGCUCAAGUCUUUGCGAAGCUAAUGACCUGCCUCUGUGCGAAGCUUACUGGAGGCCAGACCUCGACACGGACUCCAUUGAUGGCCUCUCGGCCCCUCUGCUGGCCUCCCCGGAGCCAGGCUCCGGCCCCCUGCCAGCUGCAGCCCCUGCCCACCCCCACGCCGGCGGCCCUGGCCCCAUAGAGCACACCUGAGCCACCCAAGGCACCCCUCGUUGGUACCCGUUCCCCCUCCAGACGGUCCCUGGAGUGCUGUGGCCCCUUGGAAAUCUCGGCCUGGGCCCUGGACCAGCCCACCCAGGACUGUUAGGGAAAUAGUCCCCCCGGCCGUUUCCAGUGGCCCAUCCCCUGGGUUACCAUCUCUCUCCACAGUCUCAGACAGGUGAAAGGAAGUUUCUGAGGCAGGUUUAAUCCCCACCAGCAGUUGGCAGGGAGGAAGCUGCCACCCAAGCACGGGGUCUAAAAUGGGCUCAGCUCUGGCCGUGCCCACUACCGCCCUCAGAGCUGCACCCACUGCCUAGGCCGAGCCCUAGGUGCCCACCUGUGGAGCCUAGCAGGCCGAGGGGUGCCUGUCCUUGCAGCAGGUGGGCAGGCGGCCCUUCCCAAAUUGCUGCCUUGUGCAUUCCGGUUGUUUCUGUAAUGAGGCUGUUGAAUAAAGUUACACCGCCCAUUCA